AUGAGCUGUAGUACUGAUGAUGAUGAUGAUGAUGAUGACGAUGAUGAUGAUGAUGAUGAUGAUGAUGAUGACUCGGAUGAUGAUGAUGAUGAUGAUGAUGAUGAUGACUCGGAUGAUGAUGAUGAUGAUGGGAAUUCAAAUGAUGCAGUGAAUUUCUCGCUUAUCCAAGCAGGGCUUGAUAGCGGUUGUGACGGAACCACUUCGUUGUCGUCGGAUGAUGCGUCGUCUUCGACCAAGCAACUAUUUUUCAUCUAA